ACUAGACCCUUAAAUUCCAUGGAGAAAAUGCUGGCCCUCUCCUUUCCAUUUUGAAUUUAAAAGCAGACAGUCCAGUGAGAUUUGCAUUUGCACAUAUAAAGAAUUGCCCACUAAUUCUAUCACAAGGUCUGCCAACCCAAAGUUGGUUUGUUUUGUGCUCUACUGCUCAGAAAAGAUUCAUAUCUUCUCUAUGCUCUUGGUGGAGAGGAAGAAAGACUGCAUAACUGAGAUAAGGGUAGGUCAUCCACACGGGUUUCAUGGGGCCUAAGAGAUUCAUUUUUCUCGUCAUUCUCAUCUUGGCAUCGCUCAUCUCAGCUUCAUCUGCGGGUGGGCAACGGAGGGUUUUCAAUAAAUAUGCAGUACACGUGGAAUCUAUGAUGAAGGAUUCAGCAAAGAAGGUUGUGCACAGCAAACAAGCCUUUGUUGCCCAUUCCAGAGUUCUCAAAGCUAAUACAAAUGACUAUGGAAACUACGAUCCCUCCCCAUCUCUUUCCAAGCCUCCUUUCAAACUCAUUCCUAAUUGAUGUUGCUCUCCAUCUCGGGCCGUAGCACUAAAUAAUCCAGUGUUCUGCACUUUCUGGGCACUUAGAAAUGAUAGACAUGUCUACGGUCCGAGACAUGUAUGCUACAUGAGUUACGAAGUUGUGUUGAAGUUUGUAAAGAGGUAUAGUACAUAGUGAAUCAACUCAUCAGGGCUUCUCCAUGAAACUCUAAUAUUGCUUGUGCACAGGAACCAUGAGCCUUGACUGUUAUAUAUUAAAUAAGUCAGCUGCUUGAGAAGAUGAAGCUUUCUAUGGUCUUGUGACAAA